AUGGUCCCGGUGCUUCUGAACAUACCUGCGGCCACAGUGUUCGUGCUGGGCUGCCUUUGUGCCUGUGUGCCGCCGCUGCAGGGCCACAGGCCGGAGCACGGAGACCCCCUGGCGGCCCCCCGCUCCGACCCGCAGUGCUGGGACUCCUCCUCGGCUCUGCUGCUGGAGAUGCGCUCCCCGAGGAUCGCUGACACGGUGCCCGGCUUCUGGGACAUGAUGCUGGUCCUUAGGUCGUCAGAAAACGGCAAACACACGGCGCUGUUCUGGGACCUGGCCCGGGUCUUCUGGGACCUUUACCUGGACUGCGUGCUGUCCAGGAGCCACGGCCUGGGGAGGAGGCAUAUCCCCGCUUUACACUCCCUCAUCUCUGACA